CUCCUCCCCUGCUUCCUGCCUGGUCGCAGCAUCAGCACCAGUGAGGAUAAUGAAGAGUGGAGUGAUUUUAACGACAUGAGCACAUCGACCGGAUUUCGAUGGAGUCUUCUUUCAACGCCGUAGAGCUCCGGGAGCUGGGGGAUGGAAGAGGCCGGAGCGGCGCUGCUAAGACGCCGGUCUCAGGGCCCUGGAGCGCGGCCGCUGCGGGCAGCGCCGCCCGGGGCUUCGAGAACGCCUCUUACCAGCAGGACGAGGAGCAGAUCCACCAGCAGGGGGCGACUGUCUCCACGGGCUGUCCCGCCUCGACCUCUGGUAACAAUAAGCAGCAGCUCUCUCCACGGUCGUAUGACGAGGAAGAGGGAGGUGGAGGGCAGGAGGAAGGCCAGGACCUCACUGAAUUUAAUCCCAGCGAUGACCAUUCGGCCGACUACGGCUUCGUCUUCGCCCUGGUGUUCCUGGUGAGUGGGAUCGUUCUGGUAGUCAUCGCAUACACCAUCCCCCGUGAGGCCAAAGUCGACCCGGACACGGUGUCGGCCCGCCAGAUGGAGAAGCUGGAGAUGUACUACGCCCAGCUGGGUUCCCACCUGGACAAGUGCAUCAUCGCGGGCCUGGGCCUGCUGACUCUGGGGGGGAUGUUCCUGUCAGUGCUGCUCAUGGUGUCCAUUUGUCGGGGCGAGAUGUACCGACGUAGGACGGCAUUCGUUCGCCCCAAGAGGACUUACGGUUCCAUCAACCUGAGGAUGAAGCAACUGGCCAGUGGAGAGGCAGAAGGAGGUGGAGGGGAGAGCGGGGAUGGUGGUGGGGAGUGUUUGGUGGAAAGCGAACAGGCGGAGAUCCGGAAUAAUAUACAGCCAGGGCCGAGCCGGGACUCUAAAUCAGAACCAGAAACAAGUAUAGCUUCUUCUUCUUCAGCUGCUGCACGUGGAGUCAACUAG